AUGAUACCCAGCUGGUACAACCAUUACUAACAGUAUAUACUUUGUGGUAAAGCCAACUCUGAGGGUAAGACUAAUGGACUCAGUAAAAUCGAGGAACAAGGGUUGAUGAAAGAAAGCUAUGAGCAAAGAGAACUACCCAUACUGCUUUUUGAAGAUUCCACUGUCAAGAGGACAUUGCAAAAAAGAAUCGUAUGCAGUAGAUGGAACUCCCUUACUGACUAAACAUUUGAGGUCAAUCCAUCCAUUCCUUAGAUUAAGAGCCAUGAUAUCCAAUAAAGUUGCUUAAAAUGA